AUGUUGCGUUGCAUUUGGCGUUUGGCGUGUGUGGCCUGGAGUUUCCUCCCGGUGCUGGCUCGCUGGAGCGAAGAUCGAGCGCGUGCAUGGACGGGUGCAUGGCGGGUCGGGGCCAAUUAUCUACCCUCAAAUUGUGGCAACGUGUUGGAACUUUUUGAUUCGAAGAAUUUUGAUUUGUCACUUCUGGUGGCAGAGCGUGAGCUUCAUGUUGCUCGAGGUGCCGGUUUCACGGCCUUGAGGAUCUUCCUUCACGAGGAGUUGUUCUUCCGUGAGGAGUUGGAGUUUUUGGCGAAGAUCAGCAGAUUGCUGGACAUGUUUCAACGUCAUGACAUGUCGGUGAUGCUGGUUCUCUUUGAUGCCUGUUGGAGACCGGACCUGCCAGAGGAAGAUCCUUAUAUCCCUGGGGUGCACAACAGUGCCUGGCUGCAAUGUCCAAGUCAUGAUGUGCUGAGGGCUUUUGGUCAUGGUGAAAGCUGGGCCUUUCAACGUUUGGAGCGUUACGUCACUGGAGUGGUGACCCGUUUUGCCAAAGACCCACGGGUUGCCGUGUGGGACAUCUACAAUGAACCCACCCAACGGCAGAGCGAACAUCUCAUCAUGCCCAGAUUGAACGCCAUGCACGGUCGGGAGAUGAGCGAAUAUCCGGAGCACUGGCUCUUGGACGGGCCAAAGUUGCAGAUCGUCAUGCAGUUGUUGGACAAGGCAUUUGAAUGGGCUCGCAUGGCUGGGCCCAUGCAGCCCCUCACCACUGCAGUUUGGGAGUUCCCAACUGCAGAUGACGACGACGAAGUGAAGCGUUUCAAGGAGCAGCUGAACCAGAAGCUGGUGGAUUUGAGUGAUGUGCCGUCUUUACAUUGCUAUUGUACUCCAGAGCAGCUUGAAGAGCGGUUGCUUGACCUGGCGAAGCUUCAGAGAGGCCCGGCCUUGGUGACCGAAUUCAUGGCGCGACCAUUGGACUCCACCUUGACCAACAGCCUGCCAGUCCUGAAGCAACACGGUGCGUGGGGCUACACUUGGGGCCUGUUCCAAGGCAGAUCCAAUACCCACGUGCCGUGGAACACCUGGCUAGAAACGGACUUUGGCAAGGAUGAUCCGUGGUUUCACGACGUUUUCCAUCCAAACGGCACAGCGUACGAUCCAGAAGAAGUGAAGAGCGUGUGGUGGCACACCACUGGAAGUGCCUUGCGCGCAAUGCCAAAAGACAACCUUCAAGCGCCUCGAGUGAGCACCGGAAUGCGUCGCCUGAGAGCAAAGGUUCGUCACUUUGCGAGGCCGGUGUUGCAUCGCCCUCUGCCUCGCCUAGCACUUGGAGUAUGUGAGGAAGACGUGGUGGCACCAGAGGAGACUGAGGCCUUGGAGAUCGCGCACGAUGAGGAAGACGAGGUGCAGAUUGUUCAAACCCCGAGGCCGCCUAGGCUUGUGCAGACAUCGAACACCUCAAGAGCCACCAGCCAGGACAAGCGGCAACGACGUCGAAAGAUUCGAAACCGGGCUGUCACAUUGGUCUCGUCCUCGUCGGAAGGAUCACCCCGACGACUUCCCAUCUUCGCGUUGCCGGUGGAACCAAACAACCAACCCAACGAGGUGGACGAGUUGCGUGCCGAGUUGGCAGAGGUGGAGGAGAUGCAACGGAACAUGGCGGAGCUGUUGAGCCAGGUCCAGGAUGGCGACGCUGGGGAUGGCGACGGCAGCGACGGUGACGACGGUGGCGAUGGCUAUGGUCCGGCUGAAGAGCUGGGUGCGGAUGGAGAACCAUCGAUGCAUCGAGCUGAUGCAGGGGAGGUGACGGCUGCCACAGAUGCCACAGAUGCCACAGAUGCCACAGAUGCCACAGAUGCCACAGAUGCCAUGGACGCCAUGGAUGCGGAUUUGGUGGAGACCUGUCCGGAGCUCACAGUGCCACAGGCGGGUGAGGUGGGCGAGGUGGAGGUUGGCCUGGGAGAGGUGGAGCUAUCGGAGGGGUAUGGUUUUUUGGAAGCUGCUGAGCACAGCGAGGUUUUGGAGUCUCUGGAACCUCUGGAGCCUUCGGAUCCGGGACAGGAUGGGUUGGAAGAUCAGGAGUCGCAGGAAGACCGGGAAGAUCAGGAAGCCUGUGAGUCAGAGACUGUGACUUUGCCUCCAUCUGUGGAUGACGAGUUGGAGGAGGACGCUGACUCAUCGGGCCUUGUGCAGGAAGCUGGUCAUGGUGGUAGCCCGUUGGAGGUGGCACUGGAUGGUCUUGCGGUGUCCUGGCGCCGGCGACUGCGUCAGAGCUUGUCCGAGGAAUUGCUCCGGGAGCUCCAGCAGGCAGAGACGAGGCCUCGUUGGUCCCGGCUCUUCAUGCCCCCGCGCAAGGCAAGUGAGGAAGAAUUGUCUGUCAGUGACAUUUCAGGACUGCUGGAUGAUCCCGAAGCUCAGGAAUGGCCACCACCAGAGGGAGAGGUGGCGGAAUUGCUGGCCGAGUUGGCCAAAGGCGAUAGCGCUGACCCGUCAGAUUACUGGGUUCAUGGCGCGUGGGACUUGGAAGGAUUGCGCGAUGAUGUUGCCUUAGUCCACUUAGAGCUGAAAGCCAAAGAGGCUGCAGCGAGCUGCAAGGCCGUUGCCGAAGACCAGAAGCAGCUAGACUUGGCAACUGUUCGACAACGAUUACUAGAGCGUCUUGCACUCGCAGAUCUUGGUCCCGAGGGUGCGAACCUUUGGUUUGAGCCCCAGAGCUGGCAGAGAAGGGAUUUGCAUCGGUUUGCUUUGUCGAUACUCUGGGACUUGCCGUGCGAGAACCGACUUGAGAGCAAACCUUUCGAGUUUCCUUCCACAGACGCAGACAUUGACAGGGCCUUGGAGAUCUUCCAGAGCUCCUGUGGCCGCGGCCUUCGUGCGGUAAAGGACUUUGAGCCUGGAGAAGUGGUGCUUGCUGAUAGAGCAGUGCUUCCACCUUGUGCCAAUGCGGAUGACUUUGCUGCAGCAGCGAGUUCUCAGUGGGACCACUUCAGCCCCAAAGAUCAGGGCAAGUUGAUGUCCCUUCGGUGGCGGAGUUCAGCAGAUGCUGAACACAUGGUCAGUGCCUUGGCGGAUUGGCCUGGGGAACUUUGCGUCGGCAAAGUUCCGGCGCCCAAGCUCCCGCGCUUGCGGGGAAUCGCUUCGUUCAAUGGCAUGGCUGUGGUGAAGUUGAUGAUGAAACCAUCAUCUCUAAAGACAUUGGAAGCCUUGCCCCGCAACGGCUUGGCAGUGUACCUGAAUGGGAGCAUGCUCAACCACUCAUGCUGUCCAACCGUUAACAGGCUGCCUUUCACAUCAUGCUUGGUGGCAAGAGCCCAAAGGCGGCUCCUACCAGGCCAAGAACUCACGUGUGCCUACAUUGAAAUCCGCGCUCCGCAUUAUAUUCGGCAAGCGGAACUGGAAUCCACAUGGGCCUUUGAGUGUCGCUGCUGGCGUUGCCGCUUGGAGCCGCAGCUGUGGCUCGCAGCGCCAGAGGCGGAGCGGGGCCUCCGCGCGGCCUGGCGACGCUUCGAGCGAUGGCGGAAGAGUGGGGCCUGUGAAGAGGAGGAGCUAAGGGAGCUUGUGAGCAGCAUCGCAGAUUUCACCAAAGCUGCAUUGUCUGAAUUCCUUGCUCAGCAAAAGCCAGAUAGUUUCCCAGAAGAUCUUCGGGAAGACAGCACGUUUCAGCGCUACCAAGAUGCUUUGCACAGCAGGAACGAUGUCAAGGCGUUGGAUCCGUUUGACGUGUUUGCUGACUCAAGUCCCACGCCAUUAGUCGCGCUCUUCAGGUUGCUCUUGAGCUCUUUCUGGGUCGCCCCAGCUUUUGAGCUGGCGUUUGGCUUACAAGAGAGCCAACGAUAUGAAGAGGCGCUGAAGUAUUGGUUGGCAGUGCGUGACGUCACGGGUGAGCUCAUGCCGCUGUCCCCAAGCCACAGCGCAGCAGCCACAGAGGCAGCGCUGUCUGCAGUGGCUGCAGGUGUUCAGUGGGAGAAAGUCCUGCAGGAGAGUGUGGCAAUUUGCUUCGGCACUUAUGGAGCCGGAUCGUGGACGCGCUUGGCGGCUGGGCGAUUGGAGCGCUUUGACAACGCCACGCGCUGCGUGCUGCAGGAAUGUGUAACCCGCUGUGAGGACUUGUUGGCCGGUCGGCCGGUUCAGGAUUGCAUCUCAGCUGACUCGCAAGGUCAAAGUUGCCUUGAUGGUUUAGAUUAA